AUGUCGCUCAACGGCCUCGACGAUCCCAAGGUCGUAGAGGCGCACCAGGCUGGCGUCGCUGAGCCUGGAGGAUGGUUUCUCCUCAAAUACUCGAGUCGCGACGAGGUCGAGCUGCUGGACCAGGGAAAUGCGGGCAUCGUCGAGAUGCGAAACGCCAUCGCCGGCUUUGAAGAAGAAAGCCCGCUAUAUGGCUUCUUGCGGUAUCGGAGGAGGAAUGUCAUUGUCAAAUAUCUCCCCGAGGACUGCUCUCGGCUUAUACAAGCGCGAGUCGCCGUCCACUUCAACGCCGUCUGCGAACGAUUCUCCCCUUACGAUACCAUAUUCGAAAUCUCCACAGCCAGCGAAUUGAGAGACACGAAGCUAUCCGCUGCCUGCUCCUUGCACGCGGCGUCUGGAUCUACGGCAUCGUCCGUUAGCUCCCGCAGACGACGACUGGGGGAAAUCGCCGAGGAGGACGAAGAGGAGCAGCGGUCGCCUAAACGGCAGUCGCUCGAGCUCUCCGAUGACGACCGGCCGCGAACGCCUGGCAACCGGUCGACAACUGCAGAUGAAGUCAAGCUCAACUCUGAGCUGGCAUCUUCUCCGGAGCAUCGCAAAUUCUCAACCUCUAGCACCUCCGAGGUCCCCAAGUUCGUGGGUGUUCCCGACGCGCCAGCAUCGCCUACGAGGUCCUUCGAUACCACCGACAGCUACAACUACUACCCCGUGAGCAAACCAAAGGUGAAGCUCGCGCCCCGGCCGACGACGGACGUUUCGAUCCGGCCAAAGGCUUCUGGGAAUUUCAGGCCUGUUUCUUCUCUACCAGCCGGAAUCAGGUUUGGCAAGAGUGGAAGGAAAGGACGAGGCAAAGACGACGACGCUGCGUCUUCGAUUCACGAGGACAUCCCAGAACUGGAGCUACCCGCCGAUUCUACUACAGGGACUUUACCAGGCGGCUCGAGGCGACCCAGUGGCGACUCGUCACGGCCAUCCACAGGCGCGGGAUCGGCUGCUGAUACACUGUCUGUGCCGGUGGUGCCAGCCAAGCCUUCCAUGACUCCCGAGAAGGCCAGGCUCAUGAAAGCUAUGAAGCUGAGGGAGAAGAAGAAGAAGCAGCAACUGCAGCAGCAGCAGCAAUUGCAGCAGAAGCAGGCUGCGGGCGGAGCCGAAGCCGGAGUGGACACACCGGGCUCGGAAGAUAUCAAGGCAAUCAUGGGGGAAGAUGAUGGUAAAAAAAAAGACAUGACGCACUCUGAGGAAACCACUGUGGAGGACCAUGAGGCUGAUGGUAAUGAUGGGCUGGAGGCGGAGGAGGGAAACGCUCAAGAAGAUGAGCAAAAAAAAAAGUCCAAUCGAACUGAGGAUGCAGCAACAUCCAUCAGUCAGGCGGAUUCCGGCGUCGUCUUGGAUAGUCUCUCGUCGUCUGUGCAAAUAGAUGAGGUUUCUGAGGGCACCCGAUCAGAGUCCCGUCCCCAGAGCCCGGCAGUUGACUCUUCGGAGCACGAUCAAUCAACCACAGCUUCUUCACUUUCAGAUUCCACCGACGAGACCGUUCAUGCGAAACAUCCAGAUGAAGUAACCACAGAUGGCGCCAGGGUAGAUGACGCCGCAGCCGCGAAGCCUGCUGCUGCUGCUGACGAUUCCGCCGUCGUUGCCGCGUACGAAAAUGAGGGAAAUCGGAAGCCAGCUGCUGCCAUGAUCCCCAAACCCGUUGCAUCGGAGGAAGCGCUGCAUGGGGAAGAAGGGAUCCGCGUCGCAGAGGCCGAGGCGCUGGCAUCGCCAUUGUCGCCGCCCGACGCCACCGCCGUUCCCGCACUUCCUGCAGAUGCAGCAUCGUCGUGUUUUCUAGAAGCAAGUGAGGCGACUUCCACGGCGGAUGGAACAAGAAGAACUGAGAUUGAGCCUGGCAGCCCGACUGCGUUGGAGCCUGCUGAUGAGAUUGCGGCUGCCGGGGCUGCUAAUAAGGGAUCGGCCAAGGCCGAAAAUGAAAAGGAGAAAAAAGGGAUUGCAGUGCCAAUUUCCAAGUUCUCGGCGAAUAUGCCGAUGCCAAAGGCCCCACCGGCCGCCUUAUUAGAUGGCCUGGGAUCUGGCGCAGGCGAGAUUCCACUCGGUGCGACCCCCGGCGAUGUUGCGCAGGCAACGGACAAAGGGGGACAGGGGCUGGGACUGGCUGGUGCUGCUGGCGCUGCUGCUGGUGCUGGCGCUGCUGCUGGUGCUGGCGCUGCUGCUCCACCGUCACCGUCCAGAGCGUCGACGCAAGACGUCGUCGACGCAGCAAACGCCGCCGCCGCCGCUCACACAACGGUGGCCACGCCCGCGAUGGAGCUCGAGCUGCAGACGGACCCGUUGCCGCUGCCGGCAGCACACGAGGCAAUUCCUGCAGCAGCGACGGCUAGUGACGCCGCGGCACCUCCCGGCGAGCCCAGUGAUGCCGACGAGGCCCAGCAGCAGCAGCAACAACAGCACCAGCAGCAGCAGCCCAGCAAAGAAGAGGAGCAUGAUGAUGAGCGCGCCAGACGCUCGGGAGCGCUUCCACGGCCGAUCCGCACGGAUUUGGCGUCCGCGGGCAGCAGCGGCGAUGACGAUGCCCUCGUCGUCCAGGAGGUGGCGGCUGCUGCUGCUGCUGCUGCUGCUCCCCUCCCCUCUCCCGCUGCUGCUGCUGCUGCUGCUGCUGCUGCUGCUCCCACCUCUCCCACAGCUCAUCUUCCGGCCGCUCCUCCUCCUCCUCCUCUUCAGGCCCGCGACGCAGCGGCGCACAGGCACGACCAGCCAAUGGUGGCCAGCAAAUCUCCGCUCACCCCUGUCUUCCCCAGCGCUCCCAUUGCCAAUGGGCCGCUAGGCGCCAGAGCUCCACCAGCGCACACCGUUCGAACAGUCUCUAAUCCUGUCCGUGGCAACUUCAUCGCUCCGACAGAUGUAACUCAGUCCACGGCGCGUUCUCUGAGUUCCGGCGCAGCUUUCUUACACAAGGUCACGCAGCAGCAGUCGGCCAGCCUCGCCACCAUGAAGCCCAACGUCGGGUCGAGCAUUUCGCAGCGCAUCAAGGCGCUGGAGAAGCUCUCGGCCACCUCGGGCGACCAGUCCCGGCCCGUCAGUCGCGAGCGGCCGUCGUCAACCUUCUUCGCCGUGCAGAAACGGGACACGUCGAGGGCGCCGUCGGUCGUCGACAGGACCAGGUCGCUGCACGGCAGAGCCGCGUCGCCCACGCCCUCGCACCAGGACGAUGCGCUCGAGGGCAGAGUGCGCCUGCAGAGGUCCGGCUCCGUCGUCAGUCGGGUGUCCAUGUUCGAGCCGCUGGCCGCAGUCGCAUCCUCCGCCUCGAGCCCGCCGCCGCCCGGUCUGGCGCCCGGCACGCAGUCGCGAGGGCGGCCAGAGUCCAUCGCCAUCACCACCAAGUUUGCUGGCUACGAGCUGCCCCCCAAGGACGCCUCCUCAGAGUACGGCGGCUACCAGUCGCCGCUCACGGCUGCUGACCACCACCGAGGCGAUGAGGGCUCUGAACGGAGGCCCAGGUCCCUCGAGCGCCGCGGCGAGGACGACAUGGGUAGGCGAUCCUCGCUAAAUGUGGUAAAGGGGUUCUUCAAGGACCCUCGGAAGACGGUCACGGUCUCGACUAACAUGCGCCAUGCCAUAGCUUCUAGGACAACAACAGUGUCGCCCAGCAGCGCGAGCCAUCGCCUGUCCAUGAGCAGCCGCCGCUCCAUCACCAUUGAUCGCGACGGCCUGGCCAACUCUAGCGUGACUGAAGAUUCCUUUUCCGGCGACGAGAGGUCCUCUGACCGGAAGACGUCGCGCGCCGGGCGCUUCAUGCGCAAGCUGUCUAACCUCUCCAGUGGGUCCAAGAACAAGGCGUCGUCUCCCUCGCCAGAGGCGACCCGCGGUGCCGCUGCUGCUUCUCAGAACGCUCAGUCAUCAUCAUCAUCGACGGCUCAGGCCGCCUCGGGCGAAGCCUCCAUCGUGUCCGAUCUGGGAGACGUCAACGUGCAGUUCCCGGACAGCCUUUUGUGGAAGCGCCGCAACCUGUGCCUCGACUCGCACGGCUGCAUCAUCCUCAGCACGCUGCCCGCGCAGAGCAGCCGGACCGCCCAGGGCACCAAGAAGUACCACAUGGGAGAGUUUCGACAGCCCUACACGCCGGACGUGGAGGUGCAGGAGCUGCCAAACAGCGUCGUCCUGGACUUUGUCGAGGGCACGGGCAUCCAGCUGGCGUGCGAAGAUAGGACCGGACAGCUCAACGUGCUGCAUGUUUUGCAAGCUGCUCAUGCUAACCACAGCCGAUGA